AUGAACAAGACAGCAACAAUAGCCUCCAAGGAGCUGGUGGUUCUGCUGGAAGAUGAAGUCUUUGUAGAUUUUUUCAACACAUUCCUGAAUCUCCCCGUCUUUGGCCAGACACCCAUUUACAUGGCCAACAUUUGCCAGUGGUUCCUGUGGCCAGAGUUACCAUGCUACCUGGUGCCAAAGUACAAAGGCUUAUUGACCUGGAUGGAAAAGUACCGGCUGCCGCACUUCUGUAAAACCAACUUGUGUCUUCAUUACAUUCUCUGUCAGGAGCUUCUCAGUUUCAUUAGAUCCAAGGAGGCAGCAGAGAUGCUGAAAUGGAAGAGUGCAGAUCAAUGGCUGCUCGAAAAGUGCAUUAGUGGUAGCAGGGGAAUGUGGCGCUUUCGUUCUUUCAUCCAAGGAAUGGCAGGGGAAGAGCUGACAAAGUUCUGGCUUGCUGCAGAAAGGAUCUUGGAGAUUGACGAGUCAGAUGUUGCCCAGCGAGAUCUCUACCUGUCUCUGCUCCAAAUGCUGAGGGCCACGCAUUUGCAGGAGGGCUCAACAGUGGUCACCCUCUGCAGCAUGACCAUUGAGUCGCUGUUGAAGAUCUCAGGCUGGCACCCUCAGUACAUCAGCACCAGGAGGGAGAUCCUGAGCGAGAUGCAGAAAGUAGCCCUGAUUAAGAUCCAAAGUUAUUGGCUCCCUAACUUCUUCAUUCAUUGCAAGCUGAACAUGGAGAAGGAGGAGGCCUGCCAGCCUCUGUUGUGGGAAUACCAAGAGCGUUUAUUACAGGUGGGCUCGAAGGAGAAGGCAGUGUCUUCUGCACGCACAAUGAACAUUAGGAACCGCCGGGCUAUGUCAGAGCCGUACUCCAGUAAAAAAGCCAAGAAGCAGAUCUGGGAUCUCAUAACUUGUGGAAGACAACCUCAAGAAACAGAGAAACACAGAAGACAUGGGCUGCAGCCUGAGGGGCAGCCAAGCUCAGACUGGAGUGCAACUAGUCUGACAGACACGAAGCAACUACCUCCAAAAGAGGAUGCCCUGGGAAAGACUUCUGUGUGGGCACAACAUCCAGAAAGGGCUGUUAAAGAUAUGGAAGAGGCCACUUCUUUCAAAACACCCAGCCCUAAUGCCCAGUUGCCUCUUCAACUGGAGGAGAUUGGCAAAAGGAGAAGCCUCUCUGAUCUACACACUUCUACACCCAUUGCCCAGCUGCCUUCACUGCUAGCCCUGAAAAAGAUAGUCAAAUCCUCUUCUUCUUUGGAUUUCCUUCCUUGGGCACUUAAUGCCGACAGCUGCGCUGGCCGUCCCUUCGGGAAGUUCUUGAAGAGCAAGAACUAUGCUGUGGAGAGUCAUCUUUUGGAUCUGUGGCACGAUCUGGAGGAUUUUCUGCACAUGGUGCUGAGCUCCAGGAAAGGAGGCAGCUUCCUCCUGCGCCAUUUGAUGGGUGAAAGGAUAUGUGAGAUCUACUUAACAGAAAGCAGCCCCCAGCACCUUCCCCUGAAGCCGAACAUUCUCAGGAACCUGCAAGAUCUUCUGCCUUCUGGAGAGGUCAUUCCUUGGAUAUUAAAAGCACAGGAAGAGAUUUGCAAGAUACUGAGCUUCUUCUAUGAUGACUUUCUUGCUGCUGAUGAUGAAACGUUUCUUCAUUUUGUGUCUCAGAGGAGCAAGGUCCAGAAGCCUAUGGGAGAAGAGGAGACUUAUGGAAAAGAUGAACACCUUCUGCUGGCCAAGAGGAUAAACGAAUCCCUGACUCUGAGCCAAGCCUUAUAUGGAGUGAGGGACUUUGAGACACUCUCAGAGGAGCACUGGAGAUUCAUAGCCACUCAGGAUCUUACAAAAGGGGGAUCGAUCCAGGUUGAACUGGAGCCUGUUGUGCGCAAGACAGACUACGGGAGCAUGAUGUUCGAGGAGCUGACCCUCAGGAAUCCUUCGAUGGCUGUAGAGCUGUUAAGUGAGGACUAUGAGCUUUUCUGCCACAUGUUUCCUUCCCUUGCGUUCGAUCUUGAAUACGAAGCGAGGAAGACUGUUCGCUCGAGCAAGACAAGUCUGUCCCUCGUGAGGAAGGGGAUCCUCACAUUAAGAAAGCCCUCUCUAAGACCCAGGUAUCUCAUGGAAGUGCUGCACAACCCUGUCCACCUGGAGUUUUUCAGGCAGUUCCUCAAACAACAUAAUGCCGAAGCCCCACUGCUCUUCUGGCAGGCGGUGGAGAAGCUCAGUGCCGAGUCCAGCCCCAAGGCUCAGAGGGCUUUGAUCAACAGUAUCCUCAAGAAUUUCUUCCACAACAAAGUGCCUGCUGAGGAACUGCUGCAGUGCCAAGCUUCCAUCAUCAGAGAUAUACCCAAGGCCAGCCUGGUCACCAGCUCCAUGCUGUUCAGAGCACAGAGCUUUGUCCUGAAAGCAAUGGAAGAGAAAUGGUUUAAGAUGUACCAAGACUUGUACCCUGGGAGCGAUAUUUUUGACACUCACUUUGUCAUGAGGCAGGGGAGGGGAUCCUUCAUAACGGACAAGCUGAAGAAAGUGUGGUUCGUGCUCCGGGCUUUCAUCAGGAGCAUCUGCAAGUUCCGGAGGGAGAUGAACAAUUGGAAAUCCCGCAAAGACUUUGAGGACUUUCUCCGGAGAGAGCUCUUUAAUCAAAAAGAAAACUUGCCCAUUAGCUCCAUGCGCAGUAACAUUGCCAUGUCUAGCCCCCGCCAGUCCAUGCCAGCUGCCAACAUGGGAGAUGUGGAGGUGAUACAGGUGAAGCGCCGGCUCUUUAACCAGCGGCACAUUUCCAUCAACUUCCUGGUCAACGACCUCAGUUUUUACCUGGAGAUUGAGAAGUUUUGUCACCUGGCUGAUUCGGCCGCAGUGCUUGCAGCCUGCGGGAUGUACACAGAGAGGGAUGUCGCUUUUCUUAAGACCAAAGUGGCCACGAUCACCAAACUCUUCCUGAACUCCGAAGUCCCUCCUAAACUGCGGGUGAACAUUUCUGAAGGCCAGAAAGAUUUAAUCCGGAAUUUAACUUCCAGAGGGGUCCUGGAUCGCAGCCUUUAUCAUGUGGCCUUGCUCAAUGUCUUCCCAGUUCUGAUACACUUCUGGAAAAGAUACUGUAACUGGAAGGCAAUGAAGUCCUUCCGCAGGUACCCGAAGAUAAAAAAAUAUCUCUCUCCACUCCCUGCUAAGACAUCACCUAGGACAUCCAGUAUCUUCAGGGGGGAGGACCAUCCGAUCAUUAGGUUCACGCUGCUCAAGGGGAUCCAGCUGCUGCUACCUCAGCCUCAGGAGGAAGUGGAUUCUUCUAUAGAGCAAAAGUCAUCAUCUGGAAGCCUCAACUGGAAAAAGCCCCCAUCUGGCAUCUGUGUGACCCAACAGAUCGGGCAACAGCUUCAAGAUGCUUCUAAAAAGCCAUCCUAAUCCAUCCCCGCUUUCACUGUUUGAGUGAGAGCAACUGUCCCUCUCCACCCGGAGGCUGGCUCUGAAGGCACGGCAGUGCUGCAGGUCAGGACUAAGGUGCACUAUCAGGGCCGUGGUGGGAGGUCUGGACUAGAAUAUCAGGGGUUAUGCCAGGUCAGGCAUUAGGUGCUUUGGCAGACCUAUGGGUUGCACAACACCUGUCCUCAUAGUCCUUGGCUGUGGACAAUGAUGGCAUCUUCUGCCUUCAAUAAUGUUCUUUAAUCACUGGCCCCUUCCCCCAUAAAGAAAUAAGUAGAAGCAAAAGAAAGAAAGAAAGGUCACCGGGAGGUAGGUAGCUAGGCCUAGGCACUAGGACAGGCAGUGCCUGCUCACCCCUCCACUUGAUGGACAAUAGCAGAGAGCA